AUGUUACCCACCCGUCUCCUCCGAUCCCCUAACCCACCCCCCGGCCGCCUCCCCGCACGCGCGGCCAUGGCGCGCGCCCUCCUUAUCAUCAUCUGCAUCAUCUGCGUGGCUUCACCGGCGGCGGCGGCGACGUGCGGGACGAACACUAGCCUGGCGGGGCACGAGGCGGACCUGCGGAUGUCGCAGCACCAGCUCCGCGGCCGCGUCGAGGUGCUCGAUGGGUGCUCGUUCCGCGUCUCGGCGCUCGACCUCCUCGCGGGGUCCGCCUCGGCGCGGUGGUGGCGCGCGGACGGCCCCGACCUGGGAUCCCUCGCCCGCGGCGCGCCGGCCGCGGCCGAGCCGCUCAACCGCACCUUCCUCUCCGAGUCCGUCGUGUUCCGCCUCCUCCCGGGCGUGUCCUGGCCGCUCGUCCCCGUCCUCGCCGCCUUCGACCCCCCCACCUCCUCCCUCUUCGGCUUCGUCCGCCUCUCCAACGCCUCCAACGAUUCCUCCUCCGCCGCCACCGCGUCAGCGUCCAAUUCCGCGCCCACCAUGUUCGACUCGUGCGCCCAGCUCUCCCCUCGGUUGCGCGUGCGGUGGACGCUCGACGAGGCGUCCAACUCCAUCGACAUCGGCCUCGAGGCGGCGGUCGGGUCCGAGUACUACAUGGCGUUCGGGUGGGCGGCUCCCGGCACUGCCGAGCCAUCCAUGAUCGGCGCCGACGUCGCCGUCGCGGGAUUCACGGAGGACGGCAUCCCCUUUGCCGACGACUACUACAUCACCAAGUACAGCGAGUGCAUGAUGCGCACGGACGGCACCGCCGAGGGCGUCUGCCCGGACACGAUCUACGACCAGCACAACGACACCGCCGCCGGCCUGGUCAACAACACGCGGCUGGUGUACGGCCACCGCCGCGAUGGCGUCUCGUUCGUCCGGUUCUCGAGGCCGCUCGUGUCCCCGGACAAGAAGUACGACGUGGUGGUCAACGCCACGAUCAACAUGACGGUGAUCUGGGCGAUCGGGCUUCUGCGGCCGCCGGACUCGCUCCGGCCAUACUACCUGCCGCUGGGCCACGGCGCGCUGGCCGGGACGGCGUUCGGGUUCGCCACCCUCAACACGUCGUCAACGGCGAGCGGCGGGUGCGUCGGGCCGCUCGACGCCGAGGACAAGGAAGACCAGGACAGGAUCACGGCGGAGCGGAACACGCCGCUGGUGGUGACGGCCGGGCCGUCGCUGCAUUACCCCAACCCGCCCAGCCCCGACAAGGUGCUCUACAUCAACAAGAAGGAGGCGCCGCUGCUCAAGGUGGAGCGCGGCGUGCCGGUCACCUUCUCCGUCGAGGCCGGCCACGACGCGCCGCUGUACAUCACCUCCGACGCCGUGGGAGGGAACGCCACGUCCCGGAACGCCACCGAGGUCGUGUACGCCGGCGGGGAGAGCGCGGAGGGCGUGCCGGCGAUGCCGACGGAGCUCGUCUGGCUGCCCGACCGGAACACGCCGGACGUCGUGUACUACCAGUCGCUCUACGGCCCCAAGAUGGGGUGGAAGAUCCAGGUCGUCGACGGCGGCCUCAGCGACAUGUACAACAAUAGCGUUCUCCUCGACGACCAGCAGGUCACCUUCUUCUGGACGCUCUCCGGCGACUCCAUCAACAUCGCCGCCCGUGGCGAGCGGAAGAGCGGCUACCUCGCCGUCGGCUUCGGGACCGCCAUGGUGAACAGCUACGCCUACGUCGGUUGGGUCGACGGCAACGGCACGGGGCGCGUCAGCUCCUACUGGAUCGACGGCAAGGACGGCGCGAGCGUGCACGAGACGCGGGAGAACCUCACCCACACGAGGUGCCGGUCGGAGAACGGCGAGAUCGUGUUCGAGCUCACCCGCCCGCUGUCGCCGUCGUGCUCCGGCAGGGUGGAGUGCAAGAACAUCAUCGACCCGACGACGCCACUGAAGGUGAUCUGGGCAAUGGGCUCCCAGUGGUCGUCAGGCCGGCUGAGCGUGAAGAACAUGCACUCCGUCACCAGCAACCGCCCCGUCCGUGUCCUCCUGCUCGCCGGCACGGGGGAGGCGGAGCAGGACCUGCGGCCGGUGCUCGCCGUCCAUGGGUUCAUGAUGUUCGUCGCGUGGGGCCUCCUCCUUCCAGGUGGUGUCAUGGCCGCGAGAUACCUGAAGCAUCUGAAAGGCGACCUCUGGUUCCAGGCACACACCUACCUGCAGUGCUCCGGCAUGGCCGUCAUGUUCCUGGGAUUCCUAUUCGCCAUUGCUGAGCUCCGUGGCUUCUCCUUCAAAUCCACGCACGCAAAGAUCGGCGCAUCAGCCUCUGUUCUUGCCUCCCUGCAGCUGAUCAACGCAUACCUUCGACCGCAUUUAGCGGACAACGGUGAAAUUCUCACCAGAACCAGGAUGAUCUGGGAGUAUCUUCACAUCAUCACCGGGAGGUCAGCUCUCGUAGUCGGUGCCAUUGCACUCUUCACCGGAUUGCAGCAUCUUGGGCACAGGUAUGGCAGCAAGAACAUCAAGGGGCUAACAUGUGGGCUAAUCCUGUGGGCUGUGGGUGUCACAUUGGUGGUGGCUUACCUCGAGUUCAUGGCGGCGAGGCGAAGACGACGAGACGGCGGCGCAGACGGCCUUUCAGGCAAAUGGGUGCUCGGCAACACUGAUGAAGAUGAUUCAGUUGAUCUUUUGCAGUCCAGUAAAAAGGAGCCUGAUUCGACUGAACCAAUGGAGGUGGAGCUUGAGCCACUGAAAGGCUGAUUGAUGCAUUUUUCCUUUUCAGCAUACAUUUCGAAUUAAAGAGGAUUUUAGAUCAGAUUCUUUGUAGAUAGGUCAAAAAAUGGGGAUAAACAUGCCAUGAUAGAGGGAUUAUAGUUAAGGUUCUCUAAUAUUUGGGAUUGGAGAGAAUCCACUUUGGCUUCAUGAGAGGUAUUAUCAUGCCCACACUGUAGAAUAGGUUUUUGUUUUUCAUCUUCUUUGGACUUAGGUCAACCAUUUUUCCUUUCUGAACCUCCUAUCUUGUUAGUGAGUAUGGUCUGUAUAUUUGUACAAUUUUGGUAUAGUAGAAAGAAAAGGCUACACUUUUAUAAAUGUCCAGUUGACAUAGAUUGUGAAGUUACCUGCUGAUGUUUUACAUGAGGCAAAUGGUACACGUUUACAUAAAGUAACUGAGCAAUAUCUUCAGACUGCAGCUAUCUUGUCUGUGCUAAGUUUGACCUUCGUAAUCUUCAGAUUCAGAAAUAGACAUGCCAA